AUGAAAAUCACAUUGUCGUCUCAAACGCUUCAUCGUUAUAUCCGCCAUCUCUAAAACCUCCUCUCUCUCUCUCUCUCGCUAGCCAACUUCUCGGAUUCCCGGUGUACCGGAAACUAGCUCUCCGGUCAACCACCAUGUCUCAGUCUCUCCAGUUCUGCUCUCACUCACGCGCUCUUCGCCUUGCCCAUCUCCCUCAACCACGAACCCGACACUGCCUCCCCUCCUUCCGCCGAUUUCCCGCCACCGCCCCCAGAUACCCCACCAUCAGAGCCUCCUCGUCUCCGACUCCAUCUCCGGAUCUCGAGUCCUCCUCGUCUCAGGUGCUUCUCUCUGAUAACGGAAAAGGGUCGGUGACGACGGAGGGGAAAUCGUCGGCGGUGGCUGUUCCGGCAGUGGAGACGGCGGGGAUUGAUGUCGAUGCGGUGACGGAGGCGGAGCUUAAGGAGAAUGGGUUCAGGAGCACGAGGAGGACGAAGCUGAUCUGCACGAUCGGACCGGCGACGUGUGGGUUCGAGCAGCUGGAGGCGCUCGCCGUCGGCGGCAUGAACGUGGCGCGAAUCAACAUGUGCCACGGCACGCGCGACUGGCACCGCAAUGUCAUCCGCAGUGUUCGGAGGCUCAACGAAGAGAAAGGGUUCGCGGUCGCGAUCAUGAUGGACACUGAGGGCAGCGAGAUUCACAUGGGCGAUCUCGGUGGUGAAGCUUCGGCUAAAGCAGAGGAUGGUGAGAUUUGGACAUUUACUGUAAGGGCAUUUGAUUCUUCUCGACCGGAACGCACCAUCAGUGUGAACUAUGAUGGUUUCGCAGAAGAUGUAAAAGUGGGGGAUGAGCUUCUGGUGGAUGGUGGGAUGGUUAGAUUUGAAGUGAUAGAGAAGUUCGGUCCUGAUGUCAAGUGCCUUUGCACUGAUCCCGGGCUGUUGCUUCCUCGAGCUAACUUGACUUUUUGGAGGGACGGGAGUCUUGUCCGAGAGCGUAAUGCCAUGCUUCCAACCAUAUCUUCCAAGGACUGGUUGGACAUUGAUUUUGGAAUCACAGAAGGAGUGGAUUUCAUCGCAGUAUCUUUCGUCAAGUCUGCUGAAGUAAUUAACCAUCUGAAAAGCUACCUUGCUGCCCGUUCCCGUGGAGGGGAGAUUGCGGUUAUUGCAAAGAUUGAGAGCAUUGAUUCACUGACAAAUUUGGAAGAGAUCAUACAAGCAUCAGAUGGAGCCAUGGUUGCAAGGGGGGACCUUGGAGCUCAGAUACCACUGGAACAGGUUCCAUCGGCUCAGCAGAGAAUCGUUCGGUUCUGUAGAGCGCUUAACAAGCCGGUCAUCGUUGCGUCACAGUUACUCGAAUCUAUGAUCGAGUACCCGACUCCUACCCGGGCAGAAGUGGCAGAUGUGUCUGAAGCUGUGAGGCAGAGAUCCGACGCGUUGAUGCUUUCAGGCGAAUCAGCUAUGGGGCAAUACCCAGAUAAGGCACUUGCUGUUCUUAGAAGUGUCAGUUUGAGGAUCGAAAAAUGGUGGAGGGAAGAGAAACGGCAUGAAGCCAUGGAACUUCAGGCCUUAGGCUCUACCUUUUCAGACAAAAUCUCUGAAGAGAUCUGCAGCUCCGCUGCCAAAAUGGCGAACAACCUGGGAGUGGAUGCACUCUUCGUUUACACGAAGACCGGACAUAUGGCGUCGCUCCUGUCCAGAUGCCGACCAGACUGCCCGAUCUUCGCCUUCACGACCACCACUUCCGUUCGGAGACGCCUAAACCUACAAUGGGGACUCAUCCCUUUCCGUCUAAGCUUCUCGGACGACAUGGAGAACAACCUUAACAAGACCUUCGCCUUGCUCAAAGCUCGAGGGAUGAUCAAAUCCGGUGAUCUCGUCAUCGCUGUCUCAGACAUGUUGCAAUCCAUCCAGGUUAUGAACGUUCCCUGAUCGGAAUCGAAUCCCGCAAUCUCUUGGCCGAUCAUCGAGCUAUCAAAUGGAAAAAACAGAUAACGAUUUCCGUACGACGGUAGUUGGUCGCGCCGCCAUGAAUGUAAGCUUAGUGUGAUGAUGUUUUGUUUUUUCUUCGUUUGUUUGCAUUCGGAUUAUGUCUUCUUGGGCUUUCUAUGGAUUGGGCCCUCAAUGGGCAAUGGGUCUUUAAUGAGAUACGAGCCUUUUAUGUUUUA